CACCGAGUUGUGUUAGUGAAUAAUGCCUGCAGCUAUGGUUGAACACACUGAAGUCGCACCUACAGACCAUCUAGGAAACCCUCUCGCUGGAGUGUCCAAGACAGGCAAGAAGAAGCAAUACAGCAACAAUAAGAAAAACUGGCGCAAGUUUGUCGAUGUGAGCGAUGUGCUACACGGCCAAGAUGAGAAGCUCAAAGAUGAGUUGAUGGGUGGUGCAGUAGAUGGGAAGAGUAACGAGUCUUUGUUUGUUAUAGAUAAGAAGCCCUCGGUUGCGCUUAUGUCCAUGGUGGCUGAUCGCAAGAAGCGAAACAGAGAGAAGACAUUGCGCAAUCACGCUGCGUUGGAACCGCAUGCACACACUAAGCCUGUCUUUGCAAAGAAACAGAAGACAGUGCAAAACGCGAAGAAGAAUGCGAUGGCUAGUGACAAUGUUGUGGUACCCCCUACCAGCAGUCUUAUCAAAUCCAACGGCAUAACGCAGAAGAAAGUAAAGAGUGUGGUUACGAGUAGACAGGGCGACCUGUGGGAAGCUCAGGGGGAGGAUACAGAGAUAGUAAAUCAUCUGGGAGAAUUAGUACCUAAGGCUAAGGUAAUUCUGACUAAGCCCAAGACAAUGGAGUCAGAUCUUAUUAAAGGAGCUGUGGCUGUAGAGCUCGCACACCCUGGUCAGAGUUAUAACCCUACGGUAAAUGAUCACCAGAGGGCGUUGGACUCGGCCGCUGAGCUGAUUAUACGCGAGAACGAUAAGAACAACUUCUACAAGAAGAAGGCGGGUGCGUCUGCUACGAAGAUCAUGUCAUAUAGCACUUAUCUGGAAGAGAUGAAGAUAGUGCCGGUUGAAAGUGACGAUGACUUGGGCGCACAAAGUGAAACCGACUACACCAUCCCGGCACACAAAAAUAAAGCGUUAUUGGGAGUGCGCAAAACUACGGCCAAGAAGAACAAGGAGAAGCUCUUGGCUGGGGAGGCACGUGCGCGUGCUAUCGGCAAGGCGGAGAAAAUGACCAAAAAUGAAUUGAACAGAUUAAAAACUUUGAAAAAGGAGGUUGCAGAAGACGAGCUGGCGAAAGCAGCCGCAGCUGUAAAGGCCCAGGAAGCUAGAGAGAUCCUCGAGACUAAACCCAAGAAACUAGGCAAGCACAUGUUUGUGCAGACACCACUGGACGUGCAAUUACCAGAGGAACUCAGUGGAUCGUUACGGACUAUGAAGACUGGAAGUAAUCUCAUGAGUGACCGGUUCAAGAGUAUGCAAAGUAGAAACAUGAUGGAAGUACGUAAGAAGAUCACAUACAAGAGACGGUACAAGAAGAAAGAAUUCGAAAAGAGAUCGUUUAAGAGCGAUAUGAACUAAUUAAAUAAAGAUGGUAUAUAUGAUUGUGAAUAUG